UAAGAAGAGCCAUGACAAUAAAAAGAAAAAGAGAAAAACAAAGAAAUAAAGGGAGAAAUGGGACGGAGCAUAUCAAGGUCGCCAUCCUACAGCAGAGGGAGAAGCCGCAGAGAUCGAAGCCGUUCACCCUACUCCAGAAGAAAUCGUUCUAGUGGCUCCCCACGUCGCCGGAGAAGUCGUUCGCCAAGUUACAGGCGGCGCAAGAGUCGUUCGCCGACACCCAGACGACAUAGACGACACAGAAGCAGGAGUAGGAGUAGAAGUAGCUCUUUGUCUCCUCCUCCUUUACCCAAGUCUCCAGGGCCCCGUCUAACCUCAACUGAACGCAAAAAUGGUGCUGAUAAACUCAAGAAAGAGGAGGAAGAAAAAAUCAGGCGUCAACAGGAGGCAGAACUCAAACAGUUAGAAGAAGAGACUGCAAUGAGACUUGAGGAAGCGAUUCGGAAGAAUGUGGAGGAGAGGUUGUCUUCUAAUGAAGUUAAGUUAGAAAUCGAGAGGCGUAUAAAAGAAGGUCAGAAGAAAUUGUUUGAUGAUGUUAAAGCUCAACUUGAAAAAGAAAAGGAAGCUGCUCUUGUUGAAGCAAGACAGAAAGAAGAACAAGCUCGGAAAGAGAGAGAAGAGCUUGAUAAGAUGCUGGAGGAGAAUCGGAGGAGGGUGGAAGAGGCUCAGAGAAGAGAAGCUUUGGAACAGCAGAGCAAAGAAGAGGAACGGUAUCGAGAGUUGGAGCUGAUUCAGAGACAGAAAGAAGAGGCUGCAAGGAGAAAAAAGCAGGAAGAGGAAGAAGAACAUGCAAAACUGAUGAAGUUGUCAAGUAAGAACAAAUCUCGGCCAAAGUCUUUUGGUAUUGGUUUAUAAUGGUGAUAUGUGCCACUGUUUUCGUAGUGUUCCCAUAGGCUUUUGACUGGAAGUCUGAUUGACAAAUAUCACUGUGAUAUAUUGUUUUCUACUGCAUAGCAUUGUUUCUCUCUUUGAUUGCUUCAGGAUAUAAAGGCCCUCAAAUUGGUCAGUUGUUGACAUUCUUGAUUGGGUUAAGGUACUAGGACAUUGAACUGAUUUCUAUAAUUUGGAUGUCUUUAAAGAAAUACCUUCGUGAUGGUUCUAGUUCUUGGUUA